AUGCCUCGAUUGACAGGUUUCUCAGAUAAUGCUUUUCGCACCAGGGAGGAUGUGGCCACCGCAGCCCUUGCCUUGUUGCGUCCGCUCACGCCCUACUUCUCGAUGAACAAGGGCCGUAUCCGUCUACCAAUCUCAACGGGCGUUCAUUUCGAUGAAACUGCUGCCCAGGUCGAAGGCUUCGUCCGACCAUUGUGGGCUGUCGCAUCACUCCUGCAAUUUGCAUCCUCCAUUACGAGUAAUGAUCCGAUCGAUGCUGCCCUGGCGGAAGAAAUCCAUGAAGUGACCAAUCCAUGGAUUUCGGGGUUCUCAGCGGCCACAGACCCUGAAAGCCCAGAAUACUGGGGAACAAUCGAUGAUAUGGACCAGCGGAUGGUUGAGGCUGAAGUCGUCAGCUUUGCGUUGUUAGCUGAGCCGGAGAAGCUGUUCCACAACCGCGACCAGAAGAUACAACAAAACAUCACAGCAUGGCUUCGUGGAAUGAAUGGAAAGAAGAUGCCACCAAACAACUGGCGAUGGUUCCGCGUAUUCUCCAACCUUGCACUGAUCAAAGUGUGUGGAGUUCCAGCCAGCCAAGUGACUGGAGAGCUCAAGGCGGACCUCGCCGUGCUCGAUUCUUUUUAUCUUGAGGAUGGAUGGUCGGGCGACGGUCCUUGGCUGUCUACACAAGAGGAGAACGAACAGGAAGUGGAAUUUCAACGAUCGGGACGUCGAGAUGCGAUCGGCAAAGGUCGCCAGGUUGACUACUAUUCCGGCAGCUUCGCGAUUCAAUUUAGCCAGUUGCUUUUCGCCAAAUAUGCCGAAGAUAUCGAUCCCGAUCGGGUUUCUCGAUAUAGACAACAAGCACGCGACUUCGGAGCGUCGUUCUGGAGGUAUUUUGAUGCAGGUGGGUCGGCCAUCCCGUUUGGUCGAUCUCUAACAUAUCGGUUCUCAUGCGGCGCAUUCUUUGCUGCACUGGCAGUUAGCCCUGUUCCGGAUAUGCCCUGGCCACUAUCAACCCCGGGCCAAGUUAAAGGGUUUCUCUUGCGCCACCUGCGAUGGUGGGCCGACCAUUCAAGCGAUAUUUUCUACCCCGAUGGAACAUUGAGUGUCGGGUGGCUAUAUCCGAACAUGUACAUGAGCGAAGACUACAAUUCUCCCCAAUCUCCCUACUGGUGCUUGAAGACUCUAAUCGCAGUCUCUCUCGCGAAAGACAGCGAGUUUUGGUCAGCAGAGGAAGAGCCUUAUCCAUCUUUCUUCCAGCCUCAACUUUCGCCUGCGCCCAAACAAAUACUCAGUAAUCAUCCAGCGGGGAAUCAUCAUUUCUGCUUGUCUCCUGCACAAUUCGUUGCAUGGCCAAUGAAAGCAACACAGGCGAAGUAUUCCAAAUUCGAAUACUCUUCGGCCUUUGCUUUCUCAGUUCCAACCGGUCCUCUAAUUCAACAAAUCGCGCCAGACUGUACAUUGGCUCUAAGCAGAGAUGGAGCUGAGACGUGGGCUGUGAAGUGGAAAUGUUCCGAGCCGGAGUUCCCAACCCUUCAUUUACGAACAUCCACCGGGCUGCAGCCCAUCUCUGCCGCAUCGGUCAGGUGGUUCCCCUGGGGAGACAAACAAAUCGAGGUGAAAACAACACUCAUUCCACCCACUAAUAGAUGGCCCGACUGGCAUGUUCGAAUCCACCGUGUUCGUGUCAACGCUCCCCUACGCGCGUUGCAUACGGUCGAAGGUGGAUUUGCCUCUCCAGGUCGACGAUUGAAAGACGGCGCAAAGAUGCCAAUUAUCAAUUCCGUGGGCGAAGAUAUGAAUAUUGGAGCAGAGGGUUUACUUGAAGAUGCAGAAUCUGUGUUGAUUCUCUCAUCGGCUGGUGCUAGUGGUCUUUCGAACCAACUAGCCGCUUCUUGCACGUCAAAGAGUCCUUCUAUCAAGGCGCAGGCUCUCAAACCAGACGGUAACACCAACAUCGCUUGUCAAAGGACUUUGAUCCCUAUUAUCGAGCGCGAUUCGAUUCAUGGUCUAGAAACCGGCGAUGAAAUGGUUUUCAUCACACGCGUGUUUGCGAUAUCUGCAUCCGCAAAUUGUAACCGCAAGAUCGAGCGUCUGGCAGAUCGAUGGAGAGACCAACCGAAUAUUUCUAUGAAGGAAGAAACCCAUGAAGAUGACUGCAUCUUUUGGGACGCUUGA